CUGGACCUCUCUGCCUCGUUCUGAGGUGGGAUCCACCCUCGGGCUACCGCAUGCAUCUGUCUCUGGAGCGCAUGCCUUAUUUAUAGACGCUCUGCUGGUGUUGUUUUUGCCGCUCCGUUGGAGAACGUGAGAACAAACCUGGAUGAAAGAAAUUAGAGCCACGGAAGCACUUCCUCUUUAGUUACAAGGUUAGUCUUCUGAGCGUCGUGUCCAUCAGAGUCCCUUCCCCCUCGCUGGUCAUCUGAUAAUAGAUAGAACACUUCAUGAGGCAGCAUGCUUAACUCCGCAGCGCUAGAAAGACAUCUGGACAGCUGCAUUUGAGAGCUGGGACGACAGAGAGAUGAAGUCGGAGGCUACGGAGGACAUCUCGGCCGGACUCGCAUCUCAAGAGGCACUUUCAGAGGUCUUGUCCGAGGUCGCCGCAAAAGAGACGGCCCAAGGCGAGCAGGAGGAGGAGAACCCAGGAGGGGACGGUGACAGCGACAGCACCGAGCACGGUUGUCCGGGAUGCUUGCCUUUAACUGUGUGCUGCGUCUGCCUAGAGCUUGAGCACGUGCGUAACUGCGUCCGCUCUGAAAAAAUUUGCAUCCUGCCCAUCCUGGCCUGCUUGCUGAGUCUGGCCCUCUGCACGGCCGGACUCAAGUGGGUCUUUGUGGAUAAGAUCUUUGAAUACGAGCCACCUAGCCACCUUGAUCUCAAGCGCAUCGGACAGGACCCUAAUUUAUAUUUAGACCCCACUCUUAAUACUUCAUCAGUCUCGCCCCCCAACCUCACUUCCACCCCGACAACUCCAAACGUCCAAGGACAGCCAAACGUGUUCGUGGAGGGCGAAUCCACGGGCGGACCAUUCGUGCCCCCCUCGCCUAAGGUGCUUGUUUUUACCUCCACCCCAUCAGUGACAAUUCGCACAAACCCUGCAUCUCCACCCAUCCCCAAGAGCACCUUCAGACCGGCUAAGAAUGACACCCUAAUCCAAUAUCCAUCCCAAACUCUGGAAUCUAACGAUAUUAUUCCCAGAACCUCGGCCACCAGCACCACAACAUCGGCAAAGACCUCGAGUCACGUGACCCGCUGCAGCGAGAGCGAGAGGAACUACUGCGUGAACGGAGGAGAAUGCUUUACACUGGAGGUCACACCCGGAAACAUCAGACGCCUCUGCAGGUGCCCCAAUGAGUUUACUGGUGAUCGCUGCCAAAACUACGUAAUGGCCAGCUUCUACAAACAUCUUGGGAUUGAAUUUAUGGAAGCUGAGGAGCUCUAUCAGAAACGUGUUUUGACAAUAACAGGCAUCUGCAUCGCUCUCCUAGUAGUUGGCAUCAUGUGUGUGGUGGCUUACUGCAAAACAAAAAAACAGAGGAAAAAGCUGCACGAUCGGCUGCGGCAGAGUUUACGAGAGCGCAACGCUGCGGCUAAAGGCCCUCCCAAUCCCCCACCCGAAAAUCUGCAACUGGUCAAUCAUUACAUGGCAAACAGUGCUGUUCCUCCUCAUCUUCAUGCGAUGGAGAAAGAAGCAGAAACAUCUCUCUCUACAAAUGACUUCAUCACUUUAACACAUCUGUCCACUUCUGUCACUAAUUUCUCCAGCUCAUGCUGGAGUAAAACAGUGAGCGUGGAUUCGGACAGUCAUACGGUGACGGUGAACACAUCGGUGGAGAACUGCCGACAUCAUGUUGCACCUGUACAGAGAGGCCGUCUGAACGCUACUGGAGGUUCACAUCAGAACUCCAGAGAAGCUCAGAUCUCCUGCAGUGAGAGGUACGUCCCAGCCAUAACAACACCCAUCCGCCUGUCACCCGUGGGGCCUCUGUCUCCUGUGACGCCCUCCUCGCCGCCUUCCGAGAUGUCGGCUCCUCUCUCCAGCCUGGCGACCUCCAUCCCUUCCAUGGCGACCAGUCCCUCCGGAGAGGACGAGCGCCCCCUGCUUUUCCGGACGCCUCCGAUCAUGCGCGACAAAUCGGCUUCGAACCAGGCCCGGAAGUCGGGCCACAAUCUCCGUAACUCUGCCCACUACAAUCACGGCCUCGACCUGCUGAGCCCUCCGGCCAGCCCUCUGCACAUCGAAGAGGACGGAGGGACCGAAAGUUCGCACAACCCCAGCGAAAGAACUCAACAGAUCGUCCGGGCGGCCGAAGAGUCGUCAGAGCCCGGCAGCGGCAGUAACUCGGCGAGCAGCAGCUCGGAAAGCGAGGACGAGGACACGCCGUUUCUCGGCUUGCAAAACCCGCUCUGCGGGUCCGCGGUUCUGGACGGGCUGGAGGGUAACAGAACUAACCCUGUACUACACCUGUCACCACAGGAACACCUGCAGAGCAGACUAACUAGUGUCAUGGUCAACCAAGAUCCUAUAGCCGUGUAAAACUAAACAGAUCACCACUAAACCUUUAUUUUCUAUAAUUAGGUAUUUGAGGAAAACUAUUUUAUUUUAGCGAAACAGAGACUUUUAUAAACUCGAUGUAUGAAAAAUGUGUUCAUGUUAUUAUGUUGUUAUUAUUAAAAGUGCCAUUCAUGUGUAGCUGAGGUCACAGUAUUUCAUUAGCAGAAUAAAUAUAAUCAAAAUGGUGCCUUUUCAUUUAAGUUGGGAAAAAGAAAAAACGGAAAAAACUGCAUUAUGCCACUGGGCCAUAUAUUCACCACCAAAUAAAUAUGUGUGUGUCUGAAAAAGAAACUCCACCAGCACUCCGUGUAGGAAUAGUAAACAAACCAAAUGGUCACUUUGGUAAAAAUGUUUAUUUUUAUUGAAACUGAUCAUUAUUGUAUUCCUACAUUGUGGCUGUAAAUCUGAAUGUAAGUCGAUCUACUGCUGCUCAUUAGAGUUUAUUAACACUUGCUAGAAAAGUGCUAAGAAAUACUAAAACUAUUCACAAAAUCAGCUAUAAGACAAACAUAAUCACAUUAUUGUCUUUUAUAUCAUAGUGAAUUUUGAUUUCGUCAUAUGACUGAAUAUAUGGCUCAUUGUAUCCAUCACAUUCAUUGGCUUUGGUGUAAAAGUUAAUGCAGCAGUUGUUUGAAAAGUGCAAAUUGUUUCAUUCAGAAGAUGGAAAGAGAUUUUUUUAUUCGUUUUUUUUUAACAUUCAUCUUUUGUUAUCCAUGUAGACUGUUACAUUAUAUUCAGAGUGUGUUCAUGUGUGCGUCCAGUAUUUUACAUUCAGAUGAGGGCUCUGCUGUUUGCUUUCACAGAUUACUACAGUAACUACAGCGUCAUUUCACCACCAUCUCUUCAGCUUGAUCUCAAUACAACACAUAUAUAUAUAUAACCUGGAGCAGUGAAUUUCUCUUCCAUUAAAAGAUUUUAUUUAUUUUCUUUAUUUAUUUGUUAUUUAUUUAUUUAUUAUCUGAUCUUGGCCUUAUGUAAUCUUCUAUAUUUUAAUAGCGAUGAUAUUAUAAUGUUUUUUUUCCCGUCACUUAAUAAUAUUUCUGUGCAGCAUUCUGUCAUUCAAAACAAUAAAUGUUCACCUUGAAAAAAUGCUGAUUGUAAAUAAUAUAAAACAAGCUGAUGAACAGC